AUGGAAUUCAGAGACCUGCUGUCGGAGCUGUACCACGACAUGAUACCAAUUAGCGGCCUGGAGCGGAUCGACGCCAUGCGGAUGUCCGUCAUGGACGAGUCCCUAGCAGCACUUGCCACUUGGCAGUAUUGCCGCCAAUACUCCAAAUGUGUGUUCCUUGCGCCUGACACGCUGGAUUCGUUCGACUUUAGCAGUUGUGCCGACCAAAUCCUCAAUUGUCCCUUUAAGAGAUGGCACAAGCUGCCACAGACCUACUGCUCCGAGGUCAGCAGUUCGUUUGCCUACGUUCCUCCAGGAGGAGACACGCUGUCUCCAGACAUACAGGUCUCGUGGUUUUCUGGAAACACGUGGAAGCCGUGGAUGCUAGCAGCUUGCGGCUCGGAGCGAAAGAACGGGAUUCCGAGACCUUUACCAAAAGGGCAAAAGAGUCUCAGCGUGUUAGGAGAUUGUUUCGUGGCAACUCUAGAGAAGAUGGCGCUGGAAGAAGAGGUGACGCGGAUGAUCUCAAGUCCCAAAGCCAUCGGCAUGUUAGUAAUAGCUACAACACCAGGGGGCGCUUUCUCGAAUAUGUUCAGCUACUGGAGUGAUGGCGAUGUUCCCUUAAGUGUGUGCAUGACGGGUGUAUCGACAUUAGCAGCUAUGGGCAUGAUGCCACUAAACCUACUCAUCUACGGACGUUUUUGGUCAUCUGCUGGCUUCUCUAUACCGUACUCGACUAUGGCUCUAGGCAUGCUGUCACUUAUCAUCCCCGUAGUUGUCGGUAUGCUCAUCAAACGAUUCCUCCCAAAACUGGCUCCGUAUGUGACCAAGUUUGGCAGCCUUAUGACGGGACCCGUCGUAUUCAUAUUCGUCGUCCUACAAAUUCUCAUCUACAAAGACCUUUUCAACGUUUCCUGGCAGGUGUACUUCGGAGCCGCCUUCGGUCCAGUGAUGGGCCUCUCUUUUGGCUUCAUAGUUGGAGCAAUCGCGCGUCUGCCUUGGGCGCAGUGCCGCACGGUGGCGCUCGAGACAGGCUGUCAAAAUGUACCGCUCGCCAUUACGCUGAUCCUCGUUUCGUUUCCGCAGGAUUUCGUCAAUAAUGCGAUAUUCGUGCCAAUAGUUUACGCCCUCUGUAGCUGUGUUUUCUCGCUCGCUGUUGUGGGCGGCUGGCUAGCGUAUAAGCGGUGGGUAGUGAGUAAGACUGCGCAUGCUCAGCCGGGGAAGGUCACACAAGGUGAUUACACGCUCACCGAUGUCAGUGAAAAACAACAAAACGUUGAUAACGGGGUGUGAUUAUAAGGUAGAUAUUAGAAAGAGCGAUUUUUGAUGAAUUGAUAAAUUGAACUAUUAAAUAUCACGAGUGUAAUUAACAACG